CUUCCGGAAGUCCGCUCCUCCGGCGGCGGCGGCGGAGGAGGAAGAAGGGAGGAGGCGAGUCUCGGCCGUCUCCCGCGGCCCAUGGCCGGGCGCAGCGCCCUCCCGCCGGGCGCCGUCCUCGGGGAGAGGCUGGAGCCUCCCUGGGCAGGCCCGGCCGGUGGGCUGCCUGGCAACCCUGGGGAGGGGGCCAACCCCUUCUCCUUCAAGGCGUUUGUGAGGAGCCAGGAGCAGAAGGAGGCUACAGCCGCCUCCUCGCAUGGGGGCACCAAGACCAGCAGCCCCCAGGGAUCGCUGAGGUCCUGCUUCCUUCUGGAUGAGAGCUCCUUCUUGGCCGAGUCGCUGGGGUCGAACAAGGACUUGCGAGAGCCGUUUUUUGAAGACCCAACUGCUUUGGACUCCUUGCUGCAAGAAGAUGAGGACGACUGGAGCGGCUCGUAUCAGCCCUCGGCCGUCGAAGAAGCCCACCUGGUCAGAGCCCCCAGCGCCUCGCUUAGCAGCAGCCCUUUAAACUCCUUCUCUUGCAAUCUCUCAGAGCUGCAGACCUUCUCCCCGGACCAGCUGGGAGGAAAUGACCACAUCUCCUGCAGCUGUCUUGGGAAGGGCGACCAAAGCUCGCUAAGCGGUGGGAUGUCCCCAGAAGAUGGCCUUUGCCGACUCUUGCAGCUGCGUUACCAAGAACUGAAAGAAGAAAAUUCCAAGUUCAGAAGUACCCUCAGCCAAAUUCAAGCUAUUUCUGACUCUCAGGCAGAAAGAAUAAGGCAUCUGGAAAGGACUUUAGAGAAGAACAAACGGAAAGAGGAGAAGGAGGCUCAUGAGUUGGAGGCUAUGGUGCAACAAGUGGAAGAGAACCUCCAGUUAAUGACGAAACGGGCUAUGAAAGCAGAAAACAGCGUCAUCAAGCUGAAGCAGGAAAACUUGCACCUUCAGGUUCAGUUGGAAAACUACAAAUUGGAGAACCAGGCCUUAAGGUCUGGCCAUCUAGAAAGCCUGGCCGUAGUCAAGCAAAAUGCAGAUGUUGCCUUGCAGAAUCUUCUUGCUGUGAUAACAAGAUCUAAAUCGUCAAUUAAGCAGCUGGUUUCUGGUGCAGAAGAACUGCAGCUUGUAGCUGACCUUCUGAAGUCUUUAGACAAAAUAUCUGAGAUACCAUCACAAGGAACCCCCUGAGAAUCUAUUUAUUACCUCUCAUUCUUGGAGAAAACUAAGAUUGGAAGCUGGAUUUUUCAAUGGCUUUGUGCUGUGAUCUUUAACUUCUGAGACUGUUAAGAAAGUUGCAGCUCUUGAGUUAUUAACCUCUGGAUUGAUCAACGGAAAGUUAUUUCAUAAUGUGCAAAGAUAACCAAAUAUUUUCACACUUCACUGGCUGGUUGCUCAUUUAGAGAUUGCUUUAAAAGUCUAGUCAGGAAUAUAUUUCUUAUUUAACUUGGCUGCCAGCCCGAGCUGUCCUCGCGCGCACAGAUAUUGUUAUUAUUAUUAAAACUGUCUUCUUGGUAGAAAUCACGUUUCUUGAAAACCAGCUGUUGUACAGGUGCGAUGGAACCGUUUGCAUAGCAAAGUAUCCCAAGAUUUAACCUUCUGAAUAUACAGUUUUGAAGCUUUUUAAUUUCUCCAGGUUUUUGUAAUAGUAUUAUUUUUUAAAUUAAAAUGAAACUGCAAGUAUGGA